CGGGAUAAAGAAUUCCAUCAGAUACACCUGCCACUUUGCAUCGCGAUGUGCCAUGACGUCGUCGACGCGCGGACGCUGCAAAGCCUGUCGCUUCCGCCGCUGUGAGGAGGAGGGAAUGAGCGUCGACGCAAUGGGUCUGAAAGGCAAGCGAAAUAUUUCAUCAAAGAACUCUUCAAGAAAAUCUGACGUAUUCACAUCCGGAAUAUCACCCAUGCCCGAAAACUCUGAAAUAAGCCGGAUAUGCCCGGUGUCCAGCACAAAUUGUGCUGCCUCCCUGGAACUGGAACCGCCAUCCCUGUGGAGGGAGCCAGCGCUUACCGAUCAGGAUUUAACGACAAAGGAUGCACCUGGUCCGGCGGAACUGCUAUGGUUGGAAGAGCUAGAGGAUAUCCAGCGCAGCCGGGCCGGUAUAGUAACAUCUGGCAAAAGAGAAUCGUCGCCCUUUCCUGAGAAGAGUAUCAUCCUCUGGUCGGAUGCUAACAGCGCUGGGGUGGACCAAAUGGACCACAUCAGAGAUAUCUGGGCCGACCGGUUAUCGAGCAAUACGCAUCUCGCUUUAGAUGGUCUCAGUCCGCACACGAUCUCGGCGCUUAGCGUAGAGGAGCUCGUCCAGUCGGGAUAUCGUCUGCAGAGUCCGCUGUUUAUGCACAAGUAUGUCGGUGCGGUGUGCCGGCGCAACGUUCUGCUGCAGGUCACCUUCGAAAACGUACAGCGCAUCGUUCGUGAUUCGCUGUGUGGACUGUGCGAUCGUUAUUUGGGUCAAAAGGAACAAGCCCAAAUUCUUCAUUACUCUGCGCCUGAUUUCGGCGCAGCGGUUCGGGACGAAAUUGCCUUCUGGACGGCGAUCAUAAAACGAUGCGCUAUGGCUAUUCCAGGCUUUACUGAUCUCACUGAUGAAGCUCAGCAGAUUCGCGUAGCAGAAAAAUACUCGGUGUUUUGGGUGAUGUUUUAUUUGGACGCCCUGUCCAAAAAAGACCCCGACCAGCGACUAUUGGUGUUCCUCCACAAAGAAGAUACAUCGAAGGCGUAUUAUCUCGACUGGGUAUGCGAAGCCGACUACGUGGACUUUGUGGUGCAGUUAUCCGUCCGCAUUGAAGCGCUGCAGUUAAAUAUCGUGGAGAAGUUCCUGCUGUUUGCUGUUUUACUGUUCGAACCCGCCGCGGCGCCGGGGAAAGAUGAAGGGCUGUUGGCCGUUCUGCACCAAUAUUACAUGGACGUCCUGACGUAUGUCACGAGCAAUCGCCCCGGUGACAAGAAUAUCAUGUCCCGCAUCGAGCAACUGUGGCCAGUAUUUCGCCUAUACCAAGAGAUAAAUCAGCGGUACGUACUGCAACUGGAUUCCGGUGCAAUGCCCAUGACGCUGCGUAGUGGUCAGCGUUUCCGCGAUGUGCUGUCAAUCAUUCCACCCGCAGAACAAUCAAUGGAGUGUUGACUACCUGACUAGAACAGGACUGCAUUAUCUCAUCGUCUUUUUUUAAAUAAACAUGCUGGCUUUAAAAUCCUAGAGUAAUUUUUUAGACUGGAGAUGAUAGGCAGUAUUAACAUUAGAGAUGCUUGGUAUAUUUUCUUGACUUUAAGUAACUUAUCUUUCCCUAGGUAUUGAUUACGGUACUAGUCACGGUACGAAAUGAUCAUAAAGGUUGCA